AAAAAAGUAACCUAAAGGAAAAUCUAAAACGCAGCCGUUUUGUUCGUUGUUACCUUUGGCCUUCGUUUUUGGUAUCAAAAAGUCGGACCAAAAAAAGAAAAAAAAGGAAGUCUCUUUUUCUCUGUUUUCUGUGUCUUUCUGCUCCCGUGUUCCGGCGUCUUCUGUAUAUCUGCGUUUCUUCUUCAAGGAGGAGAAAGCCCCAAAACCCUUCAAUAAAAAACAGCGGUCUCUCUCUCUGCUACUGAUUGAUAGAAAAAAAAAAAACCGAAAGAAGAAAGCGUCGUAGAGUAUUCUGUAUUCCCCAAGACUAAGUGGAUCUCUUAUUUUCCGGUGGUCGUUGAUCUUCAAUAAACCUAUUUCGCAACUAGUCUCACAACUCGUGGGCUUCGAUUUUUUCAUGUUGGGAAGAGAUUGACUUUGAUGGGGAUGAACCUCUGUUAGAAUUUGUAGAUUCAAUUUUGGGAGCUUUCUGGGUUUUGUUGUGCUUCGAGGGUGAUGGGGAGUAGUGAUGAGCGAAACUGUAAGGCGAUUGAUGCGUCGGUAGGAGGUUUGGUUUGGGUCCGACGUCGUAACGGGUCUUGGUGGCCGGGUCGGAUUAUGGCUCAUCACGAGGUUCCUGACGGUACUAUUGUUUCUCCUAAAUCUGGUACUCCUAUUAAGCUUCUAGGUCGUGACGAUGCUAGCGUGGAUUGGUAUAAUCUUGAAAAGUCCAAGAGAGUUAAGGCGUUUCGUUGUGGGGAGUAUGAUGCUUGUAUUGAGACAGCAAGGGCUACUGCUUCGACUACUGGUAAGAAGGCUGUCAAGUAUGCUCGUCGAGAAGAUGCUAUUGCCCAUGCUCUAGAGAUUGAGAGUGCACACCUUGCUAAAGAUAACCCAGAGUCGUCUACUGAGAAGGCUGCUACGCUUGGCGAGGGUCCUAGAAGGUGUUAUUCCAGGAAGGGCAUUGAGGACUCCGGCGAUGUGGCAGAGACUGAAGUUGCAUUGCAAUCUAGUUUGUCUUUAAAAAAAACCAACAAUGGCAAAGCUUCGAAGGUGCAGCCUUCGUCAGAGAAGAGAAGAAGAACACCAAAUGACUCGGAAGAUGAUGGGAUUGAAAGAAACAAACGAAUGAGAGGACUUGAGGAUAUUGGAAUAGGUAUAGGAUCCAAAGGAAAAGUACAGGUCGGUGCACUGCUCGAGGAUAGGCUGGAAAAUGGUUGUAAAAGUGAUACAAAUAUCAAUGAUAUUGUGUCAAAUGGGAGUCUUUCCAAUGGUAGUAGCAGGGAUUGCUCUCCGUCAAUGAAAAGAAAAAAGUCGCAUGUCGUCAAUGCGAAUGACUACUCUAAAAGGAAAAACCGACGACGGCCACUGACAAAAGUGUUAGAGAGUACAGCUAUGGUGUCUGUCCUUGUUACUGGUGACAAACUUGUCAAUUCUGAUUGUUUGCCUCUUCCUGGGUUUUCUGAAAGCGAUAAUAACUCGGACAGCAAUGAGGUUUUAUCUGAGAAUGUAUCUGUUUCACUAAAUGCUUCUGCAAAUAUUGUUGAAGUGAUCAAUGACAAGGGGAAAGAGAGUGAAGUCUCCAACAUAUCAGUUUUGGCAAAGAAUGCCUCAUCCAAUGGAUUAUUUGAUGUUCCACUAAAUGGAGAUGAAAAAUACCCUGCAGGUACUUUGACGGCGCCUUUCACAUCUUCUUCACCCAAGAAGGCUCUUAUCUCUGGACCGACGAGAAGGUUUGGUCAGAGUAGCCAUGAUGAUGUGGUGAAAAACGAAGGAUCUCCUAGUACAAGUCCAGCAGCUACACUUUUCAAUGGGAUUGAGAAGAGCACUUCAAAAUGGCAGCUAAAAGGGAAAAGGAAUUCAAGGCAGAUGAGUAAAAAACAAGAAGAAAGAAGAAAUGCUUACGCCGAAGAAGCCAACAACAAAUCUUUACCUCAUUGGUCUGUCUCUGAUCAAAAGCCACACGGUCUUUUCAGCGUUGGCACUCAAGCUAUGGGAAGAAAUUCUGAACUGUAUGACGUGAAGAUCGAGGUAAAAGCUAACUAUAAACCCCGUAAUGUUCCGCUGAUUUCCCUUAGGAGUAAACUGAAUGGUGAAGCUAUUGUCGGGCAUCCUUCAGCGGUUGAAGUGCUUGAAGAUGGAUCAUGUGGCCACAUUGUGAGUAGUCAUAUAAUUGAUGAUGCGAAGCCAAAACCAUCAUCAAAAAAGAAAUCCAAGAAAAAGAAACCACAUAUUCCUCCACAGACAUCAAAGCCAAAGAAAUCUUCUUCUCUAGCCAUAAAGACAAGGUGUCUCUCCGCUCUAAGUGGCCAGAAGCUGACAGUAAGCAGCAAGAAAAAGGUAAUGAUAGAGAAGACAAAAGGACGGAUUGUAGCGUGCAUCCCUCUGAAAGUAGUCUUCAGUAGGAUAAACGAAGCAGUGAAGGGCUCAGCGAGACAAGUUCACCGAUCAUUACCAUCUGCAGGCAAUACAGAAUGAGAUGAGUUUGGUCUCUGUUCUAUGUCCUGCCAUUUGUUUCCUACGAUCAUUUACCUCGGUUUAAGCAUUCACCGAGAUUAAAUUACCCGGUUUUAGAGGGUGAUGGAUGGUUUUUCUGUACAAUACAGAGAGAUAUAUAGGCCUUGUGAGAAAGAACAAGAGAGAAGAAUAUGGAAGUGAACUUGUAUAUGUAAAUAUUAGCAAUAGCAAUUAGUGAUUGGAGGUGUAAUUUUAGAAAAAAGAAGAAAAACCUCAGAUUGCAUUCUAAACUUGUCAAACUCAAAAGGAGAAGACACUUUUUAGCCAUAUGUUUUUUGUUUGUUUCUUCUGUAUUAUGGUAACACAUUGGUAAGUUUCA